AACCAGAUUAAAAAGCAACAGCAGGAUGUGUUAGGCUUCUUGGAAGCCAACAAAAUCGAGUUUGAGGAGAAGGACAUCGCUGCCAACGAGGAGAACAGGAAGUGGAUGCGUGAGAACGUCCCCGAGGACAGCCGGCCCGCCAGCGGGAACCCGCUGCCCCCACGGCUCUUCAACGCCAGCCGCUACCUCGGGGACUACGAAGCUUUCUUCGAAGCCCGAGAGAACAACGCGGUUUACGCCUUCCUAGGCUUGACUGCCCCUCCUGGCUCCAAGGAAGCUGAAGCCCUGGCCAAGCAGCAAGCGUGAAUUUCAACUGCCUUAAAUGUUCUGUAAAGGGAAUUUCCACAGCUUUUUAUAAACCAGUACAGUUGUCUCUGCUUCAAGAAAUGUAGAUGUGAUUUCUGACAGUUGAUUGGUGCUUGCAGCAUUCACCCUACGUAA